AUAAAAUGACAAAUAAUCUCUUUGGAAUUGCCGUACAUUUGUUCCAAACAAACACUUGACUAUAAACGACCCUAUACUCAUACAUAUUGGUUUCCAUAAACAUUCACUCUAUUCAUCUGCCUUCACAGCCUCUUACAAUGUCUACACCAUUAGAAUAUUACAAUUCUCUUCCACCGGUUAGCAAGUUCUAUGGAAUGGCCUGUUUGAUGACCACAGGAGCCUUCUAUCUCCAACUCUAUGAUUCUUGGAUCAUUGCACUAAAUUAUAGCCUCGUGAUAAGAAAAUUUCAGGUGUGGAGGCUUGUUACCAAUUUCUUCUUUCUUGGACCCUUUUCAUUUCCAUUUGCUUUUGAUCUAAUAAUAAUACUAAGAUAUGGUGUAUCACUAGAGAAGGGAACUUUUGACAAGAGAACAGCAGACUUUGUAUGGAUGUUUAUCUUCGGAGCUCUAUCACUUCUGGUGAUGGCUAUUAUUCCAAUGUUAUCAUCUCCAUUUAUGGGAGGUUCACUGGUUUUCAUGAUCGUCUAUGUAUGGAGCCGUGAAUACCCAAAUGCACGUAUCAACAUAUACGGCCUUGUAUCAUUGAAGGGUUUCUAUCUUCCAUGGGCAAUGCUAGCACUAGAUUUACUAUUUGGAGUGCCAUUAAUGGAAGGCAUUCUAGGAAUGGUGGCAGGGCAUCUUUAUUACUUUCUUACUGUGCUUUAUCCUCUCUCUGGUGGGAAGUACAUUUUCAAGACUCCUGUCUGGGUUCACAAAAUAGUGGCAUAUUGGGGAAAGGGAACUCAAAUGAAUUCGCCAGUGGAGAGAGAUCCAUUUGCAGGAGUUGCCUUCCGAGGAAGAAGCUACCGUCUCAAUGGGACUCGAACGAGGCCCGCCGAUGAUGAUCAGCAGGAUCAACGCCGCCCUAACAAUCAAGCUGAUAAUGAUGGGGGAGUUUUCCGUGGAAGGAGUUACCGUCUCAAUGGAAAUUAGCUAGUAGUAUACUCCAUUCCUUCUUUUGUAAUAUUAUUAUUAACUUCAUUUUGCACCUUAGCUUCUAUAUUAUUCUAUUAACACAUAAACUAGCACAAUACCUAUUGGAAAUUAAAGUCUUUCGAGUCAUGGUUUUUAUUGACUUGUUAUUA